AGUCUUCCAGUGGGUGCCCAUCUCCGAGAGACCUACCUGUCCCAUGCCACGCAAACAGUCUGCGGAAGUGGAGGGCCCAGCCAAGGGCAAAGCAGAGGAAGGAGAACAGCCCCCCAAAGGAGACGGCGAACCCAAAGGCAACAGAAGCCCUGGCUCGGAGUCACGCCGAAGCAACCAGUCCAGCGGGGGGCGAAAGCAGGGCAAGAAGAGUCAAGCUGACCCCUAUGCCGCUGCUAUUAAGACCUACUCGCCUUUCCUCAAUACCGUCUUUGGCAAGGAGAGGGAGCUUUCCCCGCUAGAGCUGGAUGAACUGCUAGAUGCCUUCAAGGAGUUUGACACUGACCAGGAUGGCUACAUCAGUUACAAGGACCUGGGAGAAUGCAUGCGAACCAUGGGCUACAUGCCCACUGAAAUGGAGCUUAUUGAGAUCUCCCAACAUAUCAAAAUGCGCAUGGGUGGGCGUGUGGACUUUGACGACUUUGUAGAAAUGAUGGGUCCAAAGCUGCGUGAGGAAACUGCUCAUAUGGUGGGCGUAAGGGAACUCAAAAUCGCCUUCCGUGAGUUUGACACAGAUGGAGAUGGCUCCAUCAGUGGGGCAGAGCUGCGCCAGGCUGUGACUGCCCUACUGGGAGAGCAACUCAAUACCCAGGAGGUGGAUGAGAUGCUACAUGAUGUUGAUCUCAAUGGGGAUGGAACUGUGGACUUUGAUGAAUUUGUAAUGAUGCUGUCAAGCAGGUAACCAGAUCUGGAAAGAAAGGAGUUGUGCCAUCAUGUCCAGUACUACUAAUCUUUCCAGGUGACCAGAAGAGAAAUGGCUGCCCUUUGAUGGCUCUUCAUCUCCUGGGGACUGUGGAAGAUCACCUCACAGAAGACUGAAUUGUCUUCUCUGAAGCGUGGAUCCUUCAAAGGCUUCCUUGGAAAUAAUGUAAAAAGCAUAUUUACAAGUGUAAGUCUACCUCCAAGAGGUACAAAGUAUCUUACAAGUGGUGACCAAGAGAAACUGUCCUGCCUUGAAACAAAUGGGCUAGGCCAGACCUUGGG